AGAGGGCAGCGCCAAAAUUAAAGCUGGGGUCCUACCGGAGAUGCGCUAAAUUCCCCCAAAGAUAUUUCAUAUUUCGACAUUCCUAAAUUCGCGAUACCUAGCGGACGGAAACGCCCCUAGUUCCGCACUGUGAUGCCACGUUUUCAUCGCGCUGGAGCCAGUGCUUUUCGAGUGGAUCAGGCAGAAACAGCACGCUGCUCUACUGUUGAAGCACUGUUUCAAAAAUCCUUCUACGCACUGCUCUUCUUUUUCUUUUUUUCCUACCACCCUAUUUCCUUGGUCCAAGCUGUUGUAGGUAAUCGCAUCACCACCAGUCAGUCAGGUAUGGACCUGUUGUGACCUCCUUUAUAUCGCAUUCCUCCCGCCCUGUGAUCGCACAUCGGCCACCAUGAUGGACGAAGUGCCGCAUCCCAAGUCUAUCCUCCGCGGUCACAAAGCCCAGGUCCACGCUCUCGCUUUCGUACGUGGCAACGACAGACUGGCCAGUGGAGAUGCAGAAGGUUUUGUCGUUCUCUGGGACCUCACAAUCUUACGCCCAACGGCGGUAUGGAGACCCCAUGAGAAUGCUAUUUUGGGCAUCGAGGGUUGGGGAGACGACCGCAUCAUCACCCAUGGCCGGGAUCACAGGCUCGCCGUCUGGCAAUUGGGUCCCAAGGACGAGUCACAUCUUAGCAAGAAGCUCCCGCUCGAUGAGACGCCUGAACCAAGACCUCAGCCCUGGCUGCUACACCUCAUCGAGGUCAACACCAUGAACUUUUGCUCCUUCGCUUCAUGCGCUCCGCUGCCUGAGGGCGUGUCCGAGACUAGGAAUUUGCUGCUUGCUGUACCAAACACGUUGGCUUCGGAGUCGGUGGAUGUGUAUGAGUUACCCUCUAAAAAACGUCUUCACACCGUAAAAACCACGGAAAAGAACGGCAUGGUCAUGGCCCUAGCCCUCGUGUACGUCGACGGGGUCUCCUCGACGGGGCCAUCCGCCAAUAACCAGCUAACCCUCGUUGCCGGGUACGAGAAUGGCCUGGCGACGGUUAUGCAGUUCGCUGGCGGGACAUGGAACACCAUUUACUUAUCCCAAGUGCACAACCAACCCAUUCUUUCGCUGGCCGUCGCCCCGGACCAGGGCUGUUUUCUUACUUCAGGUGCGGACGCAGUGGUAGCCAAACACCCUAUCCCCGGCCCUAGCCCCGCUGUCGACGGGAAUCUCAUACAACAACCGUUGAAAAUACUGAACACCAAGCACUCAGGCCAACAGGGCCUACGCAUCCGCGACGACGGCCGCAUCUUUGCUACCGCGGGCUGGGACUCAACCAUUCGCGUAUAUUCGGCUAAGACUCUCAAGGAGGUAGCUACGCUAAAAUGGCACCAAGUCGGAUGUUACGCCGUUGCAUUGGCCGAUGUCAAGGCGGCUCCUCGGACUCAUGAGACCCGAGGCGCCUCGCGCGAUGUCAUCUCUCCUACGGGCCAAAUCAGUGUCAAGGACAGACGCAUACAACAGGCGCAGAGUGCUCACUGGCUGGCAGCUGGCAGCAAGGAUGGCAAAAUAUCCUUGUGGGAUAUCUUCUGAUAUAUCUCUCUUCCCAGUCAUGGUGCAUCUAGCGCGGAAUCUGGACGUGCGUGCCAUUUCUUUCACGGGAUUCACGGCUCACGCCACUGCAACUGGUCCUAUCAAUCCGGAAGACUCAGCCAGUGGCAGUGCGAUUAUGAACAGGCAUCAACCACCGCAUAUCGAACCACGCGU